AUUUCCUGAUAAAACCAAAUGAAAACCACAUUUCAUUCGAUUUUAGUCUACACUCUCAUCUGGUGUCGCUCAGUGGUUACACACAUAAAAGUGGACAAAACAAAUAGUUUGGUGUUUUUGUGCUGGGCGAUUUAUCGUUAAAUUCCAAGAAUUUUGUGUGAAAACAGGAAUGACUAUAUAGGAAUAAAAAAUUGAAAAAAAAAAAGAUUUGUUAGUUAAAAAAAUACAAGAAAGGACACUAGAAAUGUUUUCGAUUGAUGCAUUUGAAUUUGAAACUUUAGCAAAUCGACAUUUAUUUGACUAUCAAUCCGCGUCGACGUCUGACUUAUUUUUGUGCAAUGAAAACUCAUCGGAUAGUGACCUAUAUAGCUCGUACAAUAGUGACCAAGAAAAUAAUCUAGAUAAAUUGCCAACAAAAUCGCGACGUUCGCACAGUCUACAAUCACAGCAACGACAAGCGGCAAACUUACGAGAACGCCGUCGGAUGCAGAAUAUAAAUGAAGCAUUUGAGGGCCUUCGUGCUCACAUUCCAACAUUGCCAUAUGAAAAGAAAUUGAGUAAAGUUGAUAUAUUACGAUUAGCAAUCGGAUACAUCUCAUUUCUCGGUGAAAUGGUGAGAAAAGACAAAAAUGGCAAUACAUCAAAUAUCAUCGGAAUUCAAAAGCAAACUGUUAAGAUACCACCGAAAAAGACCAUUUUGAGGUGUCGAAGUAAUGGAAUGAUACAUUCAUUAUCAUGGCACCGAAAAGGAGACCGAAUUGCUGGCUGCAAACUUUUUGCACGCAUUUGGACACCAGAAGAUCCACGAUCAAAAAUCUUUGCGUCGAAAUAUGAUUUUCCGGUGGAUAACAAUCAGAUGUAAAAAUCAGCAACGAAAUUGAAAUGAUCAUCGUCGUUCUUCAACGUUUGCCAAAUUAUCAAUGAAACUAUUUACUUUCUAGUCAGUUGUUAAUCAAACUCUUAAUCUCAGUGUGUGAUAUGGCCAAAUAAUAAAAAAUGUACUUUUUCGCA